AGAGUCCCCGCCUUCAUUUAACCGGGAAAAAAAUGGCGGGGUUUUCUGAAUCAGUGGUCAUCACUCCUCGGCUGGACGAGGCGUUAGCACCAGGAACAAACAGCCAGGCCUCCGGCCUCACCGCUCCAGAAGAAGAUUUCCGAGUGCGCUGUACCUCGAAGCAGGCCGUGCUGGAAAUUCUAGGUCUGUGCGGCCGCUUCGUGCAAAACCUCGGAGACGCGUUGCCAGAGGAGAUUCGGGAGGCCGCGCUGCGGGAUGUGCAGUGGACUUUUGAAUCAGCUGUACAAGACAAUGUGAGCAUUAAUGGGCAAGCUUGGCAGGAAGCUUCAGAUAACUGUCUUAAGGAUUCUGACAUCAAAGUCCUUGAAGAUCAGUUUGAUGAGAUCAUAGUAGAUAUAGCAACAAAACGUAAGCAGUAUCCCAGAAAGAUCGUUGAAUGCGUUAUCAAAACCCUAAAAGCACAACACGAAAUUCUGAAGCAGUACCGCCCUGUUGUACAGCCAAUGGACUUGAAAUGUGACCCCGAUCCAGCUUCUUGUUUGGAAAAUUUGAAACACAGAGGAGAAACGAUAGCUAAGGAGAUGAGUGAAGCCAUGAAGACUUUGCCUGUACUGAUUGAACGAGCUGAUGGAUUUUCCCAAGUUUUAAGGAUGCAGCCUAUUAUUCAGCUCCAGAGGAUCCACCAGGAAAUCUUUUCCAGUUGUGAUCAGAAACCAGAUGCUAAAACUGAGAGCGCUGUAGCACAAAUAGAAGCCACACCCACAGACAACGCUCCUUGGCCAGCCUCUAAUAUGGUGCUGAAAAGAAGACGGCCUCCAGACUGCCCCCAGAGAAAGUGGUAUCCGCUGCGGACCAGGAUGCAGCCCAGGAGAAUUAAUCUGCACUCGUAAGGCCUCUUGGCUCAUUUGGGGAGUGGAAAAUAGGAUCUGUCAGCAUUUACAGUACAGCCUACAUGCCUAGGCAGGGCUUCAUGUGAAACAUUUAAAUAACUCUUACCAAAAUGCUAGGAUAUGACGUAAUAUAUUUUUUCUUUAUCAUUUGAUCUGUAGUAGACAGAGUAGUAUUUUUUUAUUAAAACUUUUAAAAUAUUGGCACAAAGCCCAUCAAUGGACAUUAAAGGCAGAUUGGUACUACCUUUAAAUGCCAUCACCUCUUUGCUGCCUCACGGCUUUUGUGAAAUUCCAUGAGAAACGUAUUCUGCUGGGUUUCCCUGAUAGACAUCUUUCUUUCCUUAAAAAGGGAAGGGCUGCAUAUUAUUUAGUGCUGAAAGCAAACCAGCUCUACACAACAGCGGGUGUUUUUCUCUAGGUGCAGCUGUUUUGUUUGUUUAUGGCACUGGGUUUUGAACUUGGGGGUUCAGGCGUUCUGGCAUAACCUUUACCCCAUCCCUAGAUACACUUUAUCAAACUGACGUCCGGAUGCCAAGACGGCUGUGGCUUGGUCAAUCUAAAUUCGGCUCAUUUGCAUCUGUAGGAUGAAUUUUAAUUUUGGGUUUCUUUUUUUUUUUUAAGAAUUACUCUGGGACCGCGAUUUAGCUCAGUGGCUUAAAUGCCUGCUUGGCAAGUGCAAGGUCAUGAGUUUGAUCCCUCGUACCAAAAACAAAAAAUUACUCUGAAGCAUAGGCUGGUAUCUCUUGCCCAUGCUUGUUUUCAUGGACCUUUGACUGCAAGCUGACAUGGAGCUGGUAAUUCCUUUUUAGGAGUCUUCAUUUCUAGCUAGGUCUUUCCACUUGAAAGUAAGUAUCAGGUUAUUACCGGCAGAUUGUCGGCAGAUUGUCGAUGUGCAGCAAAGGCACUCAUACUGAGCUGUUUCACAUUUAAGGUAUUUACACGUUAAAUGUCUAAUCAUGGACAGAGGCCCGAGGAGCCGUGUGCCCACACUUGGACCUUUAACUACAGUGUCUGAUAGUUUCACUGAGUGUCUUGCACUGUACAUGUAGGCGAGACACCUGAUUUACCAGCUGUUUCCCCUUUUGAUGCCUAUAAUGCCUUCAUCCAUUUUCAGAAGAAUUUGCUAAUCAUGGUUUAGAAAAUCUGUACUUCUCAGGCUUAUUAUCAUAAAUGUCUGUAUUUGUCUACUCAGUCUCACUGAAGAAAACUUACCAUGCCACUUUAUUAUAGUCUUGCAUUUCAUGUUUUAAUGUUACAUUUCAGACCUGUAUAUUUGUAUAUAGCAGUGUUCUUUUUUGUAUUAAAAUAAUGUACAGAGACCAAGACCUUGGAGCUGUGUAUGUAAGUGUUGUUUUGGGCGUUCUUGAACUCCGCUUUCGAGGCCAGCGGCCAGCACCUUCCACAACAGGACACACUGACUUCGUUUCAGAGCUCUUCUUCGCGUCCCCACGGUGCUUCAGUGCUGCCUCAGGUGUAAGAUUUACAGCUCUGUGUUUGUUUUACUUCAGACUUGCCAAACCAAGCAAAUGAUAGUUAAUUCUGUAAUAUUUUAGGAGAGAAUUACUUUUUGUUAUAUAACCCUCCCCCUGUUAAGGAAUGUAUAUUGAGACACAUAGAAUUAGUUUUAAAAAAAGUAAAGCGCCAGGCAUGGUGGCACACACCUGUAAUCCCAGCUGUGGGAGGCUGAGGCAGGCAGCUGGCAAGUUUGAGCCUGGCCUGGGCAACUUGAUGACUUUGUGAGACCCUGUUUCAAAACAGUAAAAUGGGCUGGGGAUGUAGCUCCUUGUGAAGGCCCUGGGUGCAAUUCCCAGGGCCAGAAAAAGAAAAAGAAAAAAUAACUACAUUAAGCAAAUGUGGCAAAAAUCUUGAUAUUACUACAUCUUUGUGAUAGACAUAUUCUUUCUUUCUUUUUUUUGGUACUGGGGUUCGAACUGAUGACCUUGCACUUACCAAGCAAGUGCUUGAGCCACUGAGCUAAACCCCGGGCCUGUGACAAAAUUUUUUUUCUACUUUUGUGUCUGAAAAUUUUUUAAUUUUUAAAAGUAUGUUUUAUUAUACAACCAGACAACUUGAAAUCUUGAGAGCCCAAAGUUUUACUCCAUAGUUAAGCAGAGUUUAAAUAAAAAUAUCAUUGGAAAAGGCAACAUCUGAACAUUAUUAGUUGAGAAAAACAUGACUACAUCUGUAAUACGGAAGAAGUGUGCAUGGUAAGAGGGGCCUUGCAUUUUUGCAUAGGCCAAGGACCACCAAGCAAGGGUUGAAGGUAAAGUCAGUAGUUUCAGGGAAUGUUGGCAAGGCAGAAGGAAAGACUGACAAUGAAACCUUGAAUUGGAUAGGGUAUUCAGCUUCUUUCCUGGGGUGAUGGUGUGUCCUAGGGGGACAGCAUUUGCCUAGCAUGUGUGAAACCCUGAGUUUGGUCACAGGACCACACACAACAAAAUCUCAGCAAGGAAUAUAAUGGUCCAGUCCAGUCACCAGGGGCAGAGAAGGGCACCCAAGGGGUGAUGGGAGUGCUGUCAGAUCGGCACUGGUAAUGGUCACUUGCUGGGGGACUGUGCUUGUAAAAGAGUAAGAGGCCUGAUAGGGGAAGUGUAUCUCAAAUCAAAUGACAAAGUAGAGAUGACACACAGAUGCUCGGCUGAAGGUGACGGGGUGCUGUGGUUCAGAUGUGGGUGUCCCCAAGGUGUGUUGAGGCCUGGUCUUCACGUGACACUGCUCAGCAGGCCGUGGGACCCGUGACAGGUAAGUAGGUGGGGUUUACCUUCUUGAAAGGAUUGGCGCAGUCCCUUCAGGACUGGAUUGUUGCAGAGUUUGCCCUCCCCAUCCUGCCCUCUUGCUUCCUGGCCUGCUGUCGGACCUCUGCACAAACCUGCUUGCUCUUCUACUUCCCAUCAGACCUGAGGAAGCACAGACCCUCACCCAAAGCCAAACCUGUGCCAUGUGCUUGGCCUCCAGAACCAUGAGCUAAAAUGAGUGUCUUUCCUUGAUAAAUCACUCAGCCAAAGAUGAUUUUAUUGCAGGAAUAGAGGACAAAGACAUCAAAUCUGCAGAAGGAAAUGACCCACUGAGCAUUAGCAAGUGGAAUAAAAAAGACAAAUAUAGAGAUAAAAAUCACCCUACCAAGGCAUGUUAUUGAAAAAUGAUAGACAGAUAGACCCAAGCCUCUCUCCGUGAGUCAGAGCCAUUCACAGUCUGGGGGAGAGAGAAUAAGACCACACCAGCAAAUAAGCCCAGUAUGGGAACCAGCGCCAUGUGCAAGCCGCUGCCAGACUGGGAACAGCCAGGCUCACCUUCCGGUGUGCGGACUGACAAACAAGAAGUGCACGUCUCCCACCCCUGCUCCUUAAGCGACCGGCUUAUCCAGAGGAACAGGCUGUGAUGAUCGCUAUGGAGGUGAAAUACAGUUGGAUGCCUGUGGUGCUUUGGUGCUUCACUAACAUCACAGGUCUAGGGCCAGGGGUCUGAUCGUAGGUUCAGAGGAUAGUGGUACACAGUGUGGCAUCUAGGGGGGAAUCCCUUCUGAGAGCUGCAGCCAUUGUUGAUUCCCUGUGAUCUUGUUUUGGAAGUUCUAUAUCAUUUCCAUUGUUUUGUUGGGUUGGGUUUUACUCCUGUUUUUUUUUAUGUCAAAUCUGAUGGCAAGAGCAGCUAUUUCAAAGAUAGCAAAAUGUAUUAUGGUAGCAAUUUUGGAUUUACUAAAGGCUUGUUUUGAAGUCCUUUAUUGCAUCCAUUGUCUUGUUUUUAUUGUUUCUAUUCUAUUCUGUUUUGUUUCUUACUAUGUCCAAAGUUACCUGUAGCUAUUUUGAAGACAUCAAAAGGCAUUAAGGUAUCUAUUGUUGAUCUCAUAAUGCUUUGAAGUCCUGUACCUCUUACAUCUGUUUUGAUUGGUUUUAUUGUUUCAUCCUCUUUAAAAUAAAAUAAAUUUUAAAAAAGAGAAAUAACACCAGGGAUAAAGAAAGGUUUUUAAAGUUUCCAGCAGAAGAAAAGGAUAAAAUAAGAAUUGAAUUGGUACUGAAUUACUAAACUGUUCUAGAACCUCCAAGACCCAGAAGCAAUGCAAUUUGGAAAUGGCAUAAAUGGCUGGCAGACGUGUUCCAUCCUCAGCCAAGCUGGUGUCAGAUAUGAUCAUUAAGGGCUCCAGAAGCCAUUCUCAGAUAUGCAAAUUCUGAAUGCGAAUAAAAGUACCUUGAAAGAAGCCUGUGUGGAGACACUACUGGGGACAUGGCCCACUGCGAAGGCCAAGCAGAAAAGCUCCCAUGGGAGCUGGGAAAUGGACAUCCCUGACACAGCAGCCCCAGUCAAAGUCUAACUACUCAGCUGGACUGGAGAGUGAUCCUCUGAGACCAGAUUGAAAGCAUCUGUAUUUUCAGGAGGAGAAAGUACAACUGACAACAUGACUGCCCUAACCCCUUGGACAUUGUGGUGUAUCCUAUGGCAUUGUUUAGAUGCUUAAGGAAACAAAAUAUCAGGCAGGUUACUUGUUUUGUUUUGAAACAGGGUCUCACUAUGCAGUUCAGGCUGGCCUUGAGCUCACUUUGUGGAGGCUUUGUGGAGCAACAAUCCUCCUGCCUCAGCCUCCUGAGUGUUGGGAUUACAGGUGUGUGCCACCACGCCCAGCUAGGCAGUUAUUCACUAUGGUAAAGCACAAAACUACACAAGGAAUAUAAUCACAAUUUAUUGGGUCCUGAUCUAUAUCCCCGAUCUCCCAAAUGAGUGUACAGCGGAGGUUAAAUAAAAAGAGGCAAAUUGUAUGAUUUUAUGGGCUCCAGGAGGGUCAAAACCCUUUAGUUAAGCUUGCGACUCUGAGGGCUAAAGACAAAAGCUUCUCUGGACUGUCCACUUUAGUUAUGAAAUCCAACAACAAGGGGUGGGGAAACUGAGGAAAACACAGGCAAUGAGCAGGACCUUGGGAGUCACUUCAAGGACAUCUCCAAGUAAUGAAUCAGGUCAAUUCAGUAGCACUGUCUUAUCAUGAAGACGUGGUAGAAGUGAGACUUUGGGAGUGAUUUAUGCAGCUGCAGUCUCUUAUCUUGUUAAUUAUGGUUGGAGCGAAGUGUCCGCAGCUGUGGCCUUAUCUUGGUAUCUCUGUGGCCUUUGAGGUAUCUCUGGCCUCACAGGCCACUACAGGCCUCAGCCAGGACCAGUGAUUCAUAGAGGUUCACUUACUAUGAAUCAGCUCCCAUUGCCUAGGACAGACUCACAGAUAAACAUAGAAAGCAAAUUAAUAAAAUUUAAAUCCUGCUCAGAGCCACUUCAUAGCAGUCUCCAACAAUAGUUACCAAGUGGUUCCAUGAUGAAUGAUAUUUACAUAGACAUGAUAAAAGUUAGAAGGUCCUAUCAUACUGGGAGGCUGAGCGUGGGAGAUUAGCGCAAGCCCCGCCCUGAGCACUCAAACGGACAUUGCCUGAAGACUUCUGGAGCCCCUUUAAGUGCAGAGUCCAGGUGCAUCCAGAUGCCCUGGCAUGGGCCUCAGCAGCCAGAGGAGUAGGAGGUGGCAGUGAGGAGGCUCAUGUACCAACAGACAGUUCGUGUGGUUGUCCCAGUGUGGCCAUCCAAAUCCCGAAGUGGGAAUAUUGGGGUGUGGAAGCUGUAUCCCCCACUACUGAACACCAGGGAAUAAUCCCUUAAAUAGCUGAAUCAAGGGACUCUACGACACUGAUAUUAGUGAAUACCAGUGUACUUAUCUGAGAGGACUGGGCCAGGGACUUAUUUGUUGUUGUUAUAAUCUUGGAGAUUUCACUUUUUAAAUUUCAUGCAAAUAACAGAAGUAUAGAUAAACUAUCACAAGUAGACGUGAAUUAUUUUCUACUCACCAUAUCCUUAAAAAGAGCUAAGUAUUUCAGCUGUCUCAUGCUCAGAACCAGCUUGACAUGAUACAGAGUGGGCAGUGAUUAAUAUUAAUAAAUCAGCACAAAAAUAAAUUGAGAGUCUGUCUUAGACUACACGACUUAUGGCACAGUCUGUGGCUGGCUCACAAACAGAUUAAUUUUUAAGCCAGAGUUGAGUCCAGCAAAUGGUGUGUGAAGUCCUGGUGCCUCAAAGCAAAAUAACAUGGCAGCUGAGGACUGAUUCCUUCUAACUCAGUACUUGCAGUUAGCAGACAAUCCGGUUGCUAGUUAACUAUUAUCUCCUCCUGUGUGCUUUUCCAAAAACACGUGGUGCCUCAAUCCUUAAACCUGACCUCAUCAGCACCUCUGAUGCCGCAGUUCACCAGUACACCUCCAAUCAAGCUGUGCACCUAACAAAGGCCAAAGACACCAUGCCUUGUGGUCUUAGUCCUUACUGGGCUUUGACCAACCUGGCGCCUUUGUAAUAAAUAUAUAUCUUAUCUGUGUUUUAUUCUGUCACCAUACAACUGAGCAGGAGGAGAUCCAUGGGCCUAGACCAGGGCCCUGAGCGACAGUCUUGGGAUUUCAGUUGUGUUAUCCCAGUAUAUUUCAGAUAGGAUUUGUAAUCUCUGUUAUUGGUUGAGAGAUACAGUUUUGGUUUCUAUGAGGUUUUUUCCGCCUCCUUGACCUUUUGUUUUGCAAACAGAUUCUGUUGUCAAACCUCUGUGUACAGAAUGGGAGAAAAACAUAGCAAAACACUGAAGUGAUCUUGGGGAUUUUAUAUGGAAUAAUUGGGGAAAUUAACAUUCAUCUGAAGCUUAGGAAUGAAGAGUCCUGUAAUUAACAAAGAACAGAACACUGGGUUACAAUGGCCCAUCCCAUUACUGUAAAUUUGUAUUGCAGCAUAAUAGUAGCUGGCGGCCCAUCUCAGUAGCUGCACUUGGGGGAUACAGGAAGCAACCUUCCUGCUUGCCCACUUGAUAUGACAAUGGCAAGGUGUGUGUGUGCACGUGCAAAAAUGUCAAACUGGGCUUUUUACUGACAUAAUCCUCCAUCUAACAGGUUUUUGUGUUUGUGUAACCAAGCAUCAUAGGGGUAAAAUAUACCCCCACCACUUUUGUGUUCUGUAAACAUGUAUUUCACCACACGUGGAAUGUGGGUGGGACUCGUAGUAGCUGCACCUGGACCAAGAAAAAGCCCUUCUGUGCAUUCACCCACUUGGCAGACACAGCAAAGUGGGUAGAGAGCUAAAGCAGCACCAGGUGACUUUUACCCCUGGACUGCUCAUUGCUAGAUUUCUGUGCAUUUAGAAUUUGGUUUUCUUUAGAUUUUUUUUCUGGUAGAAGUACCCUAAUUCAGUACAUUGGAGCAUGAGAAACCAGAUUUGCAAGUUUUGGAGGUCAAGAGUGAAUCAUUAUAUAAUUCAUCAAGGAUGAUGAUGAUAAUGACUUGAUGUUGGUCAUGUGAGCUGAAGUUCUUGUGACAGUGAAAUGGAGCAGGAAUUGAUCAAAAAACUGGGCAUGGUGGCACAUACCUAUAAUCCCAGUACUCAGGAGGAGAUGGAGGCAGAAGUUUUGCUGUGAAUUUGAGUACAAAGUUUGAGCUCAAGUUCUGCCUGAACUGCAUAGUGAAACUCUGUUUCAAAAAGACAGACAGACAGGGGCUGGGGAUUUAGCUCAGCGGCAUAAACGCCUGCCUUGCAAGUGUGCAGUCGUGAGUUUGGUCCCUGGUACCGAUAAAAAUAAAAAAGACAGAGAGAGAAAGAAAGAAAAAUUAACCAAUACAGACACAAGGAAUGCAGACCUCCUGAUUCAGAUGACAAAAUAGCAAUAUAAGUACAUACAUAUUUGAUUAGUUGAAAUGUUGUGAAAUGGCUAUGAACCAAACAGAAAGAUCCAAUGUUGAACUAGGUCUGAAAAUAUAGGGAGGAUGUUGGUAGGGGUGAACCUGUUGAACAGAAUGCCAGCUGCCUUUCAGUGUUGGAAAUUGUAACAGAUGAAAUGCUACAAGAUGUCUUGAAGCACACAAAUGCUGACAUACAAGUGGCAUGUUCUGUAUGCAUCAAUGUGCAUGCUCAAAAAUGCAUUUAUUAUGACCCCUCACUAGCUGAAUUGAACACAUACACAGAUCUGCUGCACUUGGGAGGGCUUUCUAUUGGUAAUCACAGGAAUGUAAAAGACAGAAAAGCAAUGGGUGUGUAGAAUAAACUUUAGAGACUAAUGAUGACACUGAGGAGAUUGGAGUUUCCUUCAAAAUUGCCUGAGGUUUGAUGACAAGAAAGAAAAAGAACCACAAAUCUGGCUGUUAUCUGCUCAUGAUUUGUGGGUGAUUGUCUGGUAACUUACACACCAUCUGAAAGAUGACUAUUGAUGAACAUCUUGCAGCAUUUCAUGGUUGCUGUAGCACCAGGCAGUAUAUUGCUCAAAAUCCUUCAAAAUGUGGCAUGAAAAUCUGUGCCUUUGAAGAUGUGAAGACUUAUUAGGCUUUCAACUUAGAAAUUUUCCUGGAACAGAGCUAUUAGGUCCUUAUUCAUAUAGUAAUAAGCCAAAUGAUGUGGACAGACUUCCUCCCAUCUCCCCAACUAAUCAAAACUUGACAUUAGACAAUUGGUUGACCAGUUUCCAACUGAUGUUAUACUUGCUAAAAGAGCACAAGUUGACCAGUGAAGGAACUGCCUGCAGGAACAAAGCAGAAAUUAUAAAUGAAAUCUUGUAAUCUCAAAACAGAGAAUUUUAUAGUACAAUCUUUGAAUUUCAGAAAGAUAUGUUGACCUUGUAUAUGGCAAGGAAAAAUAAAGUGAUACUGCUGAUGUCAACAUUGCCCCAUGAUGGGAAUAAUGAUAGGGAAACACUGACAAAGCAGAAGCCCUAGAUGGUAACUUUCUACAACAAAACCAAAGGCGGAGUAGAUGUUGAAGACUUGUGCAGCAACUAUGAUAUCACUUGAAACAUAAAGUGUUGGCCAAUGGUUGUGUUUUGCUCAAUCCUAAACAUAUGUAGCAUAAAUAGUUUGAGAGUUUACAAAGAAAACAGCAAAUGCAAAAUAUCACAGAGAAAUUUUCUUAGAAGAUUGGGGUGGGAACUCAGAAGAGAUCAUUUACAGCAGAGGACAAACAAAAUGUUUCUACCUAGGGAACUAUGCAAAAUAUGAAGCACACCAGUGAACUGACAGGUGAACAGGCAGGCGCAGCACCCCAGACACCUACAAUGACAACAGGAAAUCAAAAAGACAUCAGCUAUUCCCUCCAUGACAGGACAGUGUUAUGGUUUGUAUCUGGAUGUUCCCCAAAGCCUCAUGCAGUCAUGGGGGCAGGCUUCUAGAAAUUGUGACUGGUUCAUGGUCCAAUGCUGGGAUUAUAAGUGUGAGUGUUACACUCACCCUAGGGUGUGGCCUGCAUACAACAUGAGGAACAGAAAGGGUCUUGUCUCCUCACGUGCUCCUCUUUUUUUGACUCUUACUGUUUUUGCUGUUUUCCACCACCGUGAACUGUUGACCUUUGCCAUGAGCCACUCUGCUUUGGAGCCAUCCAAGUAUGGAUUGAAACCUCCAGAAACUGUGAGCUAAAUAAACCUUUCCUUCCUCAACUUUGGGUGUCAGAUAUUUUGUCCCAACAACAAGAGAAAAGAAACCAACACAGCCAAGAAAAUAAAAUAUAUACGUUCUCAGUGUAAGGAGUGCUUGUGUAGCGAACAUACAGUCUUCAAGAGUGAAGACUACCUUGGGUAUGCUUUUUUUUUUUUUUUUUGGUACCAGGGCUCGAACUCAGGACCUUACACUUGCCAGGCAGGCACUUACACUACUGAGCUAAAUCCCCAGCUUAGGUGUUACAUUUGAAGCAAAAAUCAUGUGGUAGACCUUUGUCUGUAGUUCAUGUGAGUUUUUUUUUCUGAUGUGAUGUUUUAGGUAUUGUAAGCAAGUGCACAGAUGAUGUGAAAAUGUUGAUGUUUAUUCUGAGUGUGCAAUACAUAUUAAGAAUUUAUACUUUAUUUUGUUGCUGUCCUCUAUUCCUGUUAAUCAUACAUUAUAUAAUAUAAAAAUCUCCUGAAAAACAGCAAGAACAGCAAGAGUAUGUCUUACAAAAUCAGGAAAUCGAAACACAUGUGUUGUUACUAUAAGCUAUAUGUGUCUUUGGAACGUCCGCCGUAGGUGUGAUAAUUGAAGUAAAAAUUAUUUGUAUUUGUAUUCUUAUUGUAGUUCAUACAGGAAUUUAUUUCUGUGGUUAUUUUUUAAUACUUUGUACACCAAAAAAGUCGAUGUUGAAAAUUGUGAUGCUUCUUCUUUUUCUUCUUUUUGGUACCAGGGAUCAAAGUCAUAACCUUGCGCUUACCAAGUAGGCACUUGUGCCACUGAGCUAACCCCCUGGCCCGUGAUGCUUCUUUAUAAACAAUAAAUCUUAAAAAUUCAGUA